GGAAGAUGAGGUAGAGCAGCUGAUGACUGGGCAGGAAGACUCAAACGGCUGUAUAAACUACGAAGCUUUUGUAAAGCACAUCAUGGCUGGAUGAACAGGCGGUUAGUUCUAAAUGAACAUUCUGGGACAAAGCCAUCAUUCAAGAAGAAGCAAACAUUCUGGGACGAAGGUUAACUGGGAGAAGAUGAUGCCAGAGAUCCAGUCUGCCAUUGCAAAUUCUACUAGACCGAAUCCUGCUGCCAGAAGAGCGAUGGUCAGAGAGCUUGUCGAUCAAAUGAGGGUGCACAAUACAAAUCCAAAUAGAGGGAUCUGUUUGAAAGUUGUAAACAAUAUAAUACAGAAGUACACCACAUGUUUUGGGGAAGUGGCUGAUGAUGAAAAUACAGCUGGGGCAUCGCUCGUCCAGCAAGUAAAAACCAGAAUCGAGGACGUCAACCGAAACAACACAUUGGCACAGUUAAGGAAGAAUAAGAACAGCAAUCGCCAGGCGAGGACAAAUGGAAGAGGUCCUGUUGAUCAAUAUGGAUGUGUCCGAUGGGCACCUCAAGAACUCCCCUCAGGGGAGACUGAUGAAACCCUACAAGAGAUGAAGACUCAGAUGCAGCAGCUAUAUGCCCAGGAAGGAAUGUCAGGCGUGGAGAGAGGAGCGCUUCAGAGAUGGCUUCAGAGAACCUACAUUCUCCAGCGUUGUGAUCUCAAUGCUGACCCUCCACACAGCGUCUCAGAAAUUAAGGAUGACUGGCCCUUUCUCUUCUCCUUGAAGGGCCUGUUCUCGCAUUUCAGUGAGCUGACCGGAAUUCCUAUCCAGGAGAAGCUGCCAGCUGCCAUAGACAACAGGAGUCAGAACAUCAUAGAGUACUUCGAACAGCAGAAGACACCAGGAGUGGGGAAGGUUCUGGAAGCCUACAAUGAAGAGAGUGGCAACAAAGCUAUCUGCACCAUCAUGUGCCUGCUUGCUCACUUCAAGGAGGGGGAUGGUAUCUUCCUUACGGCUGAUCCCUCUGCCACGGCUGCCGAUAUUGAGAGAGCUGUCACCCUGCCAAGCACACCUCGAUUAGUUGUACCAGGAGAGAUACUGCGCGGCGCAGACACAUGGAUUAUGUCCAUGGAAGGAGCAUGUGUGAUGGGGCCCCACAGCAACCUCCUGCAUGGAUUGGCAACAGUCUUCGCUGCUUACUAUGUCUUCAAUUUGCAAUAUCCGGCAGAAGCCGCAAGCACACUUGAAUUCAUUCAGAGAUGAGUUUAAACAUGGCACUGUCAUGAAAACGAUCAUAGCAAUUAUGGAGGUAUAUUUGAUUUAAACCAACUGAACGCCUGUGACAGUGUGAUUUGUAGUUGUAGAGAAAAGCCACACCUGUGUAUCAGUAAAUUUGAAGUCAAAGAGAGAAAUGUUUUAAGAGCUGCAAACUUGUAGACUUUUUUUUUCUCUCCCACAAACACAACACAACAGUUACACCUUCUCAAAUUCUUCAUUGCAGGUUCACAAAUCCUAUUCCACAAAUCACAAAUUAAGAAACUUGUACGCUCACAUUUCUGAUACAGUUGCUGCAGUGAAUAUGGUGCAAAACGGAUUUACACACCCGCAUCAAGAAAUGUGAAGUCGUGGAGAAAUUUUGCUCAUCCGCAAAUCAGUAUGUGAAUUCAUCCAGUGAGAGUUGCACACUUGAAAAAUAUUUAUUGUAUAUGUAUACUGUUCAUUUUAGUUCACGCGAUUGUUUCUCAGCAGGUUUAAUGGAUUAUAGGGUAAUAUAAUUAAAAAUUUAUAUUUAAAAUUAUUAAAAUAUACUUAAAAUACAAGUGUGCAUUUCAUUUCAUAAAAGUAUAUGAACUUUAUGAAAUGAAAUGCACAAUUGUAUUUUAAGUUCGAGCUGAAACUAUAUUUACCUUUUUUGAAAUAAUCCAUUAAACCUGCUGAGAAACGAUCGCGUGAACUAAAAUGAACAGUAUACAUAUACGCGUGUGUAGAGGCCCGGUGUAGCUCGGGUGUUAGAAUCACGGUUUAGAAAUCUUUCUAUUUGUAAACAAUGCUCAUGAAUUUAGACCUGAAAAUAGACCUACCCCUCCGCAUGUAAUAGUCUGCUCGUUUGGGAAAUGGUUGAGAUAAUUAUGAAAGUCAAUUGAAUGAAAAUAAUCAUUUAAAAAUAUACAGGCCUACAUAAAAUAGGAAAUCAGAUUUUACCGAUGCAAAGCUUUUAAAGGGAGAUGCAUCACGGUUUCAGCCCAAUUUCUAUCCGGUGCACACCACUCCAACCGGUGCACUCGCAUCGCAGACCCUUGCAUCGAUCGUGCCAAGCCACAGACACAUACACACAGACACACAUAUAUUCAUAUAGCCUACAAUGACUCUGUCUCACACACACAAGCACUCAUUCAUUCAUAAAGAUCCCUUAAUGUUUCAUGUCAUUGUUAUGACCAUGUCAUUUCAGUCUUAAAUGUUACCUGAUAAGUGUGUUUUUCCCCGUUUUCAGAGCCUUUUGCGGCCCCAGACGGGCAGCAAGGCAGAGAAAAAACGAGGGCUGAACGCACCAGUUUGCACACUUUUGAGGAAACUGCUGGAUUUUGAAUUGGUGGGCAGGGGACAUUAGUGGGCUGGGGACACUGGGGACAUUAGAGGACAUUAGUGGGCAGGGGACAUUAGU